GAGGUCGGGAGGAGACUGCGCCCUGGCGAUGGCCCUACUCUCUCGCCGAGGUCUGCGCAGGUGGACAUCAGGUGCCCAGGCAGAGCAAAGCGUCCAGUGAGAGGACGCCUGGCCCGGAUGCCGGAUGCAAGAUCAGAGCUGGGUAAACGACACAACUCGAUCUCCCAGAAACCGCCUGGAACCCGUGAGGAAUCAUGCUUACCUUUGCGUGGAGCAGAGCAGAAUGGUAAGUUUGAGGCCAAGAAGUGAAGGCAUUCUCUUCCAGCGAUGAACUCCUCGUCUCACCUGACUUUAUUGGAUCUUACCCUGAACGCCUCGGAGGACAACAUCCUAGGACAAAAUGUCAAGAACAAGUCUUCCGCCUGCGAAGACCUGGGCAUUGCCGUGGAGGUGUUCCUGACUCUGGGUCUGGUCAGCCUCUUGGAGAACAUCCUGGUCAUCGGGGCCAUAGUGAAGAACAAGAACCUGCACUCACCUAUGUACUUCUUUGUGGGCAGCCUAGCGGUGGCCGACAUGCUGGUGAGCAUGUCCAACGCCUGGGAGACCAUCACCAUAUACUUGAUAAAUAACAAACACGUGGUGAUAGCGGACACCUUUGUGCGCCACAUCGACAACGUGUUCGACUCCAUGAUCUGCAUUUCUGUGGUGGCCUCCAUGUGCAGCCUGUUGGCCAUUGCGGUGGACAGGUACAUCACCAUCUUCUACGCCCUACGCUACCACCACAUCAUGACGGCCAGGCGCUCGGGGGUGAUUAUCGCCUGCAUCUGGACCUUUUGCAUAAGCUGCGGUAUCGUCUUCAUCAUUUACUACGAAUCGAAGUACGUGAUCAUCUGCCUCAUCUCCAUGUUCUUCACCAUGCUGUUCUUCAUGGUGUCUCUCUAUAUACACAUGUUCCUCCUGGCCCGGAACCAUGUCAAGCGGAUAGCGGCUUCCCCCAGAUACAACUCUGUGAGGCAAAGGACCAGCAUGAAGGGUGCUAUCACCCUCACCAUGCUGCUGGGGAUUUUCAUUGUCUGCUGGUCCCCCUUCUUCCUUCACCUUAUCCUAAUGAUCUCGUGCCCUCAGAACGUCUAUUGCGCUUGCUUCAUGUCUUACUUUAACAUGUACCUUAUACUGAUCAUGUGCAACUCCGUGAUCGAUCCCCUCAUCUACGCCCUCCGCAGCCAAGAGAUGCGGAGGACCUUUAAGGAGAUCAUCUGUUGUCACGGGUUCAGGCGAACUUGUACGCUCCUUGGCAGGUAUUAAAACACCUUUCCCUCUCCGUGCCUCUCAUCUCUCAGUCAAUUAGGUUCAGCCAGGGCAUGAGCAGGGCCGCUAAGGAGCUCAGAGGGACUCCUCCAUAUCUCCUUGGCAGCUAGGUUUGGUUAUGGCGUGUUGGAAGUGCGCAUGUGUGAGUCGUCUCCGUGGUGAGACUGGCCUGAGACAGUUGUCUUUUUACUCCUUGCUCACUCUCUGUUCCCCAGUUCCAUUUUUAGAAGGUUUCACCAUUUUCUGCCUGACCUGGUAAGUGGCCUCAGGAGAUGCAUAACCUCCUGGGUGAGUUGUCAUUGAAAGAAACGCAGUGGCGGCCUAUGUUACCAUUAGUGGCCUUUGUGUUUGUCUAGCUUCCCUCAUGCUGCAGUCCAUUUUUGCAGAAUUGCACCUUUUGCCUUCUUUCGGGAAUGGGGAGACAUCCGGCUGCUUUUCAUUUGAAACUUUUAUCUGCUGCGGGCGUCUCUACAGUUUGCCUAUCCUAGACUUCUGGUUUACGACCCUCAUUUAGAAUUGUCUGGGAACCUACGUUAACUACCUAUACUUCUGUAGUUUUGGACUUAGACGAAAAUGUCUAUGCUACGAACCUUGCUUCGUUUUCUGGGAAAACCUCGAGGACUCUCACUGUCUUAUUUUUGACUCAAUUCAGCGUUUCCAAGAAAUUUAGGGGGGGUGGGGUCAUACCGGGGUUUCUGGGUACAAACCCACCCUCACUCCAUUUAGCACAUGCCCAGAGUCCAACUAGGUUGGCGUUCUCCCACGUAGUCAUCCAGCAUCUCCUGGUGUCUGAAACGCCCUCACUAGAUGCUUUGCAGCAUCUUAACCUGCCUAUAGCCGUCAUCAAAGGCCCCUGUUCCACAAGAGAGAGACGCCAUUUUCUCCAGUCUGACGUGGAGGAAAGAUAUGUAAGCACUAACCAUGAAGACACUGGCUGUGUGUCCUUAAUUCCACUCUGGGCCCCACAUCUGUGCUGACCUCUCAGAUCCAAGCUCCACAUCUGUGCUGACCUCUCAGAAUGGCCAAAAGAGCUAUCUGAAAAAAAAAAAAAAAAAGGUAGAACUUCUUGUAAAAAUUAACACGUAGGAUUUUUUUUUUAAUUAUUUAAAAGAGCUGAACCAUUUGGGUGGGAUUGGACAAGGUAACGUGAAGUUACCGUACAGAGGUCAGUGGUCAGAGCAGUGUUUUGGAGGCCAAGAGGCUUGCUGUGCUCAACAGAGAGCCACGUGGCCCUCUGGAUCCCAGGGAAGAUCCCAGGGGUAGAAUAAGACAUCAAUCUUGGUGGUUACAGUGCUCAUCCGGACACCCAACCAUCACUAGGCUGAGUCUCUGCUCUGGGUACUAAAAUGACUUAACUGCAAAUCUUGACCUUUAUUAUUAAGGCGAUUAAGAACACGCUCGACUGCAUUUUAAUCUCUAUGUAAACAAAAUGGUCCUUGUGUUCCAAUGCUGUUACGCUUGGGAUCUUCAUCUGAAGUGAAGGGCGUGAGUCCCUACAGCUCUCAGAUUCCAUUUCAAAGUAGUGUGCUGGAAUUAGUAUUUUCUCUUUCGUUGGACACUUGACAUCUAGGCUUUUUCUAAAUGAAAGAAAAAUGUAAAUCAGGCAGCGGACAUAGAGGUGAUCCCACGGUGAACUCUGGAUGUAAGAGGGCCCUGUCUACAAAAGAUUGUAAGAGAAAAGUGUCAUAAUUAACUUGUGAACAUGAUGGGUGACCUCUCUAGGAGCUCAGCAUAGAAAAGAAUAGUGCUGGAAUUAACAGCACGGAGCAUGAAUGAGAUGUCCAAACCUUUACAAAAUGGAAAACAAGCAGAUUGUUUGCAACUGAUUUGCAAAGAGCCUCUAAGCCUUUCAAAAUGUUGCCUGUUGGUAGCUGCUGGAUAUUCUCAUGCAGGAGGUAAAAAUUCUCAUUGUAGCCAUUAGGAAGCAGUGUCCAUGUUGCCAUGGAGGUCACGGGGCGGGAUUGUCUGUAUAGGCUUCCUCUCAUCUGUACAGAGCAAGUGCUUACUUGCAGGGUUGGUAAUUUCCAAGUCAAAUCUUCUGCCUAGCGUCCAUGAGGAUUAAGUAAGGUGACUGGAGUUCUGAUCACAAUGAUAGAAUAGACAUCGACCUUGGUGGUUACACUGCUCAUCCGGACACACAACUGUCACUAGUCUAUCUCUGCUCCGGGUGCUAAAAGGACUUACUACAAAUUUUGACCUUUAUAUUAAGGUAUUUAAGAACACGCUCGACUGCAUUUUAAUCUCUACGUAAAUAGAAUGGCCCUUGUGUUCCAAUGUUGUUAUGCUUGGGGAAAUAUAUGUGUGUAGCAACUUGUUACAUUUAUGCAAAUAAGCUGACCUCAAAAUGAAGUCCCCUUACCAACAAUAAAAAAAGAAUACACAGGCAUGUCAAACAUGUGGCAUUGUAUGUUAGCUUUAUGUCUCCGUGGGAAAUAAAUUUGCUGUAAAAUACGCGUUCAAAGAAAUUGUUAGUAAAGUAGAAUGAUUCAAUUUAUACUAAUAAACAUAUAUAAAAUUAAUAAAAUGGAUGAAUUGAACUAUA